CGGGCUGAGCAGCUAAAGCGGCGGCGGCGGCGGCGGCUCGGGCAGCAGAGGGGCGGGAACUGAGGCGGGAGCGGACCGGCUGGUGGGUGAGCGAGAGGCGGCGGAAUGGUGGACUACCACGCGGUGAACCAGUCGUACCAGUACGGCCCCAGCAGCGGAGGCAAUGGCGCCGGCGGCGGGGGCAGCAUGGGCGACUACAUGGCCCAGGAGGACGACUGGGACCGGGACCUGCUGCUGGACCCGGCCUGGGAGAAGCAGCAGCGCAAGACCUUCACAGCCUGGUGCAACUCCCACCUGAGGAAGGCUGGUACACAGAUUGAGAACAUCGACGAGGACUUCAGAGAUGGGCUGAAGCUUAUGCUCCUCCUGGAGGUCAUUUCUGGUGAGCCUUUAUUCCCACACCCCCCACAAAGGACGGCUCACUCCUGGGGUAGGCUCCCUGCCACAGCCCAUCCCUGUGCUUCCCGGAUGAGAGGCACUAGCCUGCCGGGGCAGGUCCAGAUGCCGUGGUGUAUUAUGUUUUGGAGGAAAGUGGGAGCCCUGGACGUGCCCUUUCUCUCACUCUCUCUUUCCCACCUUCCAGGGGAGCGGUUACCUAAGCCAGAGCGGGGCAAGAUGCGAGUGCACAAGAUCAACAAUGUGAACAAAGCACUGGACUUCAUUGCCAGCAAAGGGGUCAAGCUCGUCUCCAUUGGGGCAGAAGAGAUCGUGGACGGCAAUGCUAAGAUGACUUUGGGGAUGAUCUGGACCAUCAUCCUCAGGUUUGCCAUCCAGGACAUUUCUGUGGAAGAGACCUCUGCCAAAGAAGGGCUCCUCCUGUGGUGCCAGAGAAAGACGGCCCCAUAUAAAAACGUUAACGUGCAGAACUUCCACAUCAGCUGGAAGGAUGGCCUGGCCUUCAAUGCCUUGAUCCACCGGCACAGACCAGAGCUGAUUGAGUAUGACAAGCUGAGAAAGGACGACCCAGUCACUAACCUGAACAAUGCCUUUGAAGUGGCUGAGAAGUACUUAGACAUCCCCAAAAUGCUUGACGCUGAGGACAUCGUGAACACGGCCCGGCCCGACGAGAAGGCCAUAAUGACCUAUGUGUCCAGCUUCUACCAUGCCUUUUCGGGAGCGCAGAAGGCCGAGACUGCUGCCAACCGCAUCUGCAAGGUGCUGGCUGUCAACCAGGAGAAUGAACAUCUGAUGGAGGAUUACGAGAGGCUGGCCAGUGACCUCCUGGAAUGGAUCCGGCGCACCAUCCCCUGGCUGGAGGACCGAGUGCCCCAGAAGACCAUCCAGGAGAUGCAGCAAAAGCUGGAGGAUUUCCGCGACUACCGGCGCGUUCACAAACCGCCCAAGGUGCAGGAGAAGUGCCAGCUGGAGAUCAACUUCAACACACUGCAGACCAAGCUGCGCCUCAGCAACCGGCCCGCCUUCAUGCCCUCCGAGGGCAAGAUGGUCUCGGACAUCAACAAUGGCUGGCAGCACCUGGAGCAGGCCGAGAAGGGCUACGAGGAAUGGCUGCUGAAUGAGAUUCGCCGGCUGGAGCGGCUUGACCACCUGGCAGAGAAGUUCCGACAGAAGGCCUCCAUCCACGAGGCCUGGACGGACGGGAAGGAAGCCAUGCUGAAACACCGGGACUAUGAGACGGCCACCUUGUCAGACAUCAAAGCCCUCAUCCGCAAGCACGAGGCCUUUGAGAGCGACCUGGCUGCACACCAGGACCGUGUGGAGCAGAUCGCCGCCAUCGCACAAGAGCUCAAUGAGCUGGACUACUAUGACUCCCACAAUGUCAACACCCGGUGCCAGAAGAUCUGUGACCAGUGGGACGCUCUGGGCUCACUGACCCACAGCCGCCGGGAAGCCUUGGAGAAAACAGAGAAGCAGCUGGAGACCAUCGACCAGCUGCACCUGGAAUACGCCAAGCGGGCCGCCCCCUUCAACAACUGGAUGGAGAGUGCCAUGGAGGACCUCCAGGACAUGUUCAUCGUGCACACCAUCGAGGAGAUUGAGGGCCUGAUCUCAGCCCACGACCAGUUCAAGUCCACGCUGCCAGAUGCCGACAGGGAGCGGGAGGCCAUCCUGGCCAUCCACAAGGAGGCCCAGAGGAUCGCCGAGAGCAACCACAUCAAACUGUCAGGCAGCAACCCCUACACCACCGUCACCCCCCAGAUCAUCAACUCCAAGUGGGAGAAGGUGCAGCAGCUGGUGCCAAAGCGGGACCAGGCUCUCCUGGAGGAGCAGAGCAAGCAGCAAUCCAACGAGCACCUGCGCCGCCAGUUCGCCAGCCAGGCCAACAUCGUGGGGCCCUGGAUCCAGACCAAGAUGGAGGAGAUCGGGCGCAUCUCCAUCGAGAUGAAUGGGACCCUGGAGGACCAGUUGAGCCACCUGAAGCAGUACGAGCGCAGCAUCGUGGACUACAAGCCCAACCUGGACCUGCUCGAGCAGCAGCACCAGCUCAUCCAGGAGGCCCUCAUCUUUGACAACAAGCACACCAACUACACCAUGGAGCACAUCCGCGUGGGCUGGGAGCAGCUGCUCACCACCAUUGCCCGCACCAUCAAUGAGGUGGAGAACCAGAUCCUCACCCGUGAUGCCAAGGGCAUCAGCCAGGAGCAGAUGCAGGAAUUCCGGGCAUCCUUCAACCACUUCGACAAGGACCACGGUGGGGCACUAGGGCCGGAGGAGUUCAAGGCCUGCCUCAUCAGCCUGGGCUACGACGUGGAGAAUGACCGGCAGGGGGAUGCCGAGUUCAACCGCAUCAUGAGCGUGGUGGACCCCAACCACAGUGGGCUGGUCACCUUCCAAGCCUUCAUCGACUUCAUGUCCAGGGAGACCACAGACACCGACACGGCCGACCAGGUUAUCGCCUCCUUCAAGGUCCUGGCAGGUGACAAGAACUUCAUCACAGCCGAGGAGCUGCGGAGAGAGCUGCCGCCUGACCAGGCCGAGUACUGCAUCGCCCGCAUGGCGCCUUACCAGGGCCCUGACGCUGUGCCCGGUGCCCUGGACUACAAGUCCUUCUCUACAGCCCUGUACGGCGAGAGCGACCUGUGAGGCCCCCGCCACAUUCAGAGAGCCUGACCUGACACCCCCUUCCGGCCUCCCGGUGGGGCCACGGGGAUCCUCCUGCCACCCUCCUCUGACUCUGUAUCUAUGCAAAGUCCUCUCUGUUGUCCUUGGGGGGGGCGGGGGGGUGGGCAGGGAGGGGCUGGGGCCGGCUCUCUUCCUCUCUCUUUGCUGGCCAGGAGGUGCCCGCCCCCCCGCCUUUCCCUCCCUUAAGGGGUUGGGGAGACUUGGGGGUCAGCGCUUUGGUCUGGUAAAUAUAAAUGAUAUGUUGUUUUUGCUUUGUUUUUUAAACUCCGUGGAGGGAACGGUGGAUUCUCACUGCAAAACAGGUCCCCCUCCCAUCCCCGGGAACACCCUGCACACCUUGUGUGUGUGUGUGUCCCCUCCCGCUCCCACCUCCCUGAGGUCCCUCUGUGGCCUCCCACAUCCAGGCCAAAGCCCUAUGUGCCUUGUCCAGGAGCCAGGAACUGCCCCGGCUUGCGAUGGGUCCAGUAGAGGGCGCCACAGCUACCCACCAGGAAAGAGGACCCUGCCCUCCAACCCCACCUCCCACUGGCCACUGCUAUGGGGGUUGUGGCUUGGCAUCCCAUUUUCUGCUGCAAGGGAGCGCAGCUGGGCAAAGUCACCUCUUGCCCCCAGCUGCCCCACACCCCCCGCCAACCCCCAUCUUGCUUUGUCUGAACCUGCAUAUCUCAGAUUUUCUAGGACCAAAAUAAAUAAAUAAAUAAUAAAAAAGAAAAAGAAAAAAAAUCCAUAAAAAGCCUAUUAAAAAAUUUCCAGAGGAUUACUAUUUACUUUAUUAACUUACGGAUUUAUUAUAUAAAUAUAUAUCCACCUAGCAACAUAUCUUUGCUGCCUCUUGCUCUCAUAAUGAAGUCAUAGCUGAUUUACUCCCCUGCCCAAUCUCUCUGUCUGUUGUCUGUUGUUGUAGGGUGUAGGUCUCUGGGGGCCCUCCAGGGGUAUGGAGGGUGGGCUGCUGGCCUGGCUGCCUUUUAGUCGAUGGUUUUAUUCCCCUCCAUGUCUUUUUGAGUUUAUUCUGAUUAUUAUUAUUUUUUUCUUGGUUUCUGGAUAAACCACCCUUCUGGGGACAAGAUAAUAAAGCGCGUAAUAUUUUUAAGAAGUA